AUGUCUGCCGAAGAUUCAGUAGUAAACGGCAAGGCGCCCGCUCAGCCCGGUAGCCACCAAGACCGUGGACACUCCGGUCUUGUCAGUGUCCAACCCGCGCGCUUGGCCGAUCUGCAGCCGAAGUAUGCGCAGAAGCUUGAUCACGAUGCUGAGAACGCAGAGGCUCAUGGGUGGUAUGCAGGCCUCAUUCAUGGACUUGGAGAAUUCAUUGGAUUCCUCGGUGCUAUCCCCUGCUGCGUCUGCUGCCCGAACCCCUAUAAGCCUGUGGCCCAAGGUGAAGUUGGUCUCGUGUCGAAGUUUGGACGCUUUGAACGUGCAGUCGACCCUGGUCUUGUUAAAGUGAACCCCCUGAGUGAGCACUUAACCGCAGUCGAUGUGAAGAUCCAGAUCGUCGAGGUGCCUCGUCAGGUCUGUAUGACCAAGGACAAUGUUACUUUGAACCUGACAUCUGUCAUCUACUACCAAAUCAUCUCGCCCCACAAAGCCGCCUUCGUCCUGCAAGAUGUGAUUGAGCGCCGUGAGGAGAUCGCCCAGUCCACCUCGGAGAUCAUCGAAGACGUAGCAGCUGGAUGGGGUGUGCAGGUCGAGUCCAUGCUCAUCAAGGAUAUUAUUUUCAGUGAUGAUUUGCAGGACUCGCUUUCGAUGGCGGCUCAGUCUAAGCGAAUUGGUGAGAGUAAGGUCAUUGCCGCUCGCGCCGAAGUUGAAUCGGCCAAGUUGAUGCGUCAGGCCGCUGAUAUUCUUUCCUCUGCUCCCGCUAUGCAAAUCCGGUACCUCGAGGCGAUGCAAGCGAUGGCUAAGACAGCAAACAGCAAAGUCAUAUUCUUGCCCGCCAUGAACCAAUCGGUGCAACAACAACUUGCCGCUGCCGACAAUGCGGGAGAGGGACCCAGCCGUUAUGGAACAGGCAAUGUAGAUGACGGUUUUCAGCGCGCUAUGAAUGCACGGGUGGUCGAGGAUAUUUGA